AUGGACAUGCUCUCCAAGCUACGCCAUCGCCACCUCGUUUCACUAAUUGGGUUUUGUGAUGAGAAUGCGGAGAUGAUCCUUGUGUAUGAGUACAUGGCUAAUGGACCGCUUCGUGACCACCUCUAUGGCUCAAACCAACCACCAUUGUCAUGGAAACAAAGGCUUGAGGUUUGCAUUGGCGCUGCUCGCGGUUUACAUUACCUGCAUACUGGUGCAGCACAAGGUAUCAUACACCGUGAUGUAAAGACAACAAACAUUCUCCUGGAUGAGAAUUUUGUUGCAAAAGUUUCUGAUUUUGGCCUGUCAAAAGCUGCACCAACGUUGGAACAAACUCAUGUCAGCACAGCUGUGAAGGGUAGUUUUGGUUAUCUCGAUCCUGAGUAUUUCAGGAGGCAACAGCUUACUGAGAAAUCUGAUGUUUACUCUUUUGGUGUGGUGCUUUUUGAGGCACUGUGUGCAAGGCCUGUUAUAAAUCCGGCGCUGCCAAGAGAGCAGGUGAGUUUGGCUGAGUGGGCAAUGCAAUGGCACAGGAAGGGUAUGAUUGAGAAGAUAAUUGACCCUUAUAUUGCUAGCUCAGUCGACUCUGGUUCCCUGAGGAAGUUUGUAGAAGCUGCAGAGAAAUGCCUGGCUGAAUAUGGUGUUGAUAGGCCUACCAUGGGAGAUGUAUUGUGGAACUUAGAGUAUGCUUCACAGCUUCAAGAGGCAGCCUCGCAGAUUGAUCCUCCAGAAGAUAAAACUUCCAGUCUCAUUUCUUUGGAAAAAUCGAGUGAAAAUGACUCAAAGGAAGGCUCUGCUGUGGGCUCUGCUGUUGGAGUGAGUGAUGAUUCUGAAGUGACAAUUGGUUCUCCUGCGUUUGCUCAAAAGGGAAAUAUCCAGGGGAGGUGA